UCAAAAUGAUUUGCACUAUAUGCCCUACUAUAUGCCCUAUCAAUGUUCGAGAAAUGUUGGUGUGGUGCAGGAGAUGUGUCUUGCUUGUGUGCUUGUGUUUYGAGCUUAAUGUGUUAAUUUAAUGUUUUUCAUCUCAUAAAUAAAAAAAACUUGUUAGUUAAUGUAACGAAUACAAUGUGGUUCAUAAUUGAUAGAAGAAAGCUACUUUUCAACAUUCAACAUUUUUUAACAUUCCCUCAUAGUUUUCUGAAGCAUUGCAUUUUGUGUGAAAGUCAAGAAAUUACAUUUUGAUCUUAUCUGCAGAGCAACAUCUUCCACAUGACUGUUGUGUCCAACACAUAGAUUCUGGCAAGCCGCAAACAUGAGAUCUAAUGUCUUUUUUCAGUAAAGUUUUCUUUUUGCACUCUUCUAUAAAGGUCAUCUCUAGGGAGUGAAUGGCUACAAGUUGGCCUGUCAACAAGUUCUCCUACCUGAGCUGUAGAUCUCUGCUGCUCUUCCAGAGGUGCAAUAGACCUUUUGUCUGCACAAUGUGUUUUGUCUGCUUCUGCAAAUGAUGCAAUCCUUUAAAUAGACAACCAUUUCUUGGUGGUUGGCAGUUAUUCCACACUCUUUCCAUUUUCCGAUGAUGCAUUAAACAGUGUGAGAUUGCAUGACCUCUUCAAGGCUUUCAACUUGUUUACAGCUUUAUAUCUGACCUGUGUUUGCUGUUGACCGCAGUCUUCUUUGUUCACUGUUCACAAACAAACCACUGAGGUCUUCAUGUGUUUCCUACAGACCUCACUUAAAAGUUAUGCGACUUCUGAAGGCAAGAAAGUGUUGAGGAGUGAGGCAACGUUACAGAUGGGCUCAAUAAAGAGACGGGAUCACAUCAGGGAUCCUCUCUGGAACCUUUUGCAUUGGUGAUGGACAUGUUGACAGAUGGGGUCAGGCAGGAGGCCCCAUGGAGUUUGAUGUUUUCAGAGUACACUGUCAUCUGUAGUUAGAGUCGGGAACAGGUGGAAGAGAGUCAGAAGAGGUGGAUGUAUACUCUGGAGAGAGGAGGAAUUAAAGUGAGUAGAUGCAAGACAGAAUGCAUGUGGAUGAGCAAGAAAGAGACACGUGAAGAACAGUGAAGCGCCAAGAGAACUUCGAUAAAAAAUGGAUGAGUUGAAGUUGCCAUGAGCAACUAUUCAAAGCAACGGCCAUGGGUGAAGAAGAUCGUACAAGGUAGGGAGGAGUGGAUAUACACAGGUGCCAGGAAUGAUUUGUGACAGAAGGAUAGCUGCAAGAGUUAAAGGUUUGAUUGACAAGAUCGCAGUGAGACGUGCCAUGAUGUAUAAUUUGAAGGAGAUAGCACAAACAAAAACAUACAGCGUAGGAAGUGACUGAAGCCAGGGAUGUUAAAUUUUUUAUUAGGAGUGAUCCAAAAUAGACAGGACUAGACAUAAGCACAUCAGAGGGACAGCUUAAGUUGAAAGAUUUGGAGACCAAGUUGGAGAGGCGGGGAGAUGGCUUAGACACGUGCAGUGGAGGGAUAGUGAGCAUAUCAAACAAAGAGCGUUGCAUUCAGAACUGCAAGUGAGGAAGAAUGGAGGAAGAACCCAGGUUUAUAGAUUUAGUAAAGACGUAUAUGCAGAGGAACGACAUGGCAGAAGGGGUUGAGUGAGAUGGAGACAAAGACAAAGUUUUUCCUCGGUCAUACAGCCUUACAUGCAGAAUAUCUUUCUUGAUUUUAAUAUGAUUUUAAUGCAAAGAAUAAAGGAGACAAGUUUGAGUAUUAUAAUAUUGUAGAGCCUUGUUGCGCAAUGUUUGAACGCCUUCAUAUGUGCUGACUGCAUAAUAAAACUCCACACACUAUUCAUGUACCUUUGAUUUUAAUGUGACAGCCCAGGACGAUCAGUGCCCCCUUCUGGUCAGCCUUGUCCAAAACAUUCUGGAUGCGCCCCUGCCUGAAACUCCAAAUAGCUCAAUUUCACAAGAAAAUGUUGAAGAAGUUGGGUGUGAAAAUCCGUUUAACUCUGUUUUCUGCAGCACAAAAAAUGUUUUUUGGAAGAGAAUAAUAGAUUAAUACUCAUAAUGAUACAACAAAUAGGAAAUUAUGAAAUGAACAAAUACAAAAACUAACAAUAGAAAAGAAAAUCACAUAGAACAAAGGCUUUACAAGAUUAUCACAAAUGCACAGACAGCCAUAAAUUGUUCCUUAUAGUUUUUUUGUKGUUGUUGUUUUCCACAUUUGAGCUCAGAUCUAUUGUUGUAUUGUCCAGCAUGAUUCAGGUUGACAUACUCCCCAGGCAGAGCGGACGGGAUAAAAUUAGACGGAGGGAUGGAUCAGCUGUAUAUAAUAUCCAGUAAGAAUCAGCUGACACUUGUUUACACAAAAYAAAAUGUGACUUGCAUUCUGUCUCAGUCGCAGAUUCAAUCUGGAAUCGGGAAGCUGGCAGUAUAAGGAUUUUUUUUUUCUUUUACUUUUCCCCCUCCUUUUCAUUGGGGGCAUUAUUGCAUCGUGGGAAUAACACAAUGUGCACCGCGCUUACGCAACAGAGAUCGUCACUCGGCAGAGGGUUUGCGGGGCAAGGACGAAAUUAAAGCGAGCAUUUUUGAAUUCCAUUUUUGUUAAUCCCACUGAUUUUCUGAAGGGAUUAGCGGACCGAGCAUGAUAGAGGCACCGCUGGUUCGCCUGCCACCGCUCGGAUCGGGAGCUGCAGACAAAUAUUUCAGAGCAUAACCCCUUAUUCGUAUCGCCCGACCAAUGGAUGAGGAGAGAUCUGCAGGUAAUGUUCUUUCUAAGUCCACUUGCCCUGUACCGACUGGCCUUCCCAUCAACUGGGGACUCAUCACUGGCCCUGUACCAGAGCCUGUUUUCGGAGCAUCUUCUUUAAAGACCUCGCUGCCUCCUCACCAGAGUUCAGCCUCGCAUGCACUACAGACCAAAGUGAAGUCGUUGACUCAGAGAAGAACAAGAGGCAGGGAGCGGGAGAAGGACAGAGAGAAGUUGGACGCAGGCGAGAUGCGCACGAGUGGCUCGCCUGGGCAAAAUUCAUCUGAAGUGCUCCUGAGGCAGAGGCAGAGAGCCAAAGGCCAGUUGUUUGUGCCGUCAACCUCCUGGCGAUCAGGUGCUGCAAAGGACUUGAGCAGCAGCGAUGAGGAUGAGGAGGUAGAGGUUCAGGUUCGACUGGAGAUUCACAGUCCUCCUGUGGACCUACAAACGGAGCAGGAGACAGAGGAUAGCGACGAGAAGAAGUCAGAACAAAAUGAGGGCCAGGUCAGCUCUUGUGGGCUCGAGGAGGGCACCAGUCUGGAAAGUCUUCUCUCAGAUAACUCAAGUAGCAGCAAGGAUGACCCGUCGCCUUCUCCUCCUCUGCCUGCCGUCUCCUCUUCCACUUCUACUACGUCUGCUUCCACCUCAUCCUCUUCUUCAGCGAGACACUGGGCACCUCCAAAGGGCUUCUGGAGAGUAGCAAGGCCAGAAACAUUGCUUCUCAAUGGGGUUGGCCCUCACGACAUAACCCCGACAUUACCCUUGAAGGACUACACCCAGAUGGAGGCAGUGGAAGCGGAACCUCAGUGCAAGUCCAAACCUUCUGAAGCAGUCGGCAGGAAUGAGGCACAGAGUGUGGCUGAGGACGCCGAAGCGGCGUCGGUGUUCAAACAUUCAGAUAGCGUGGAAUUUUAUCUGGACAGAUGUGAACAAAGCRAGGCAGAUGUGGCGGAUUCAGCCAAAGGGCUGUGCAGUUCUGACAGCUGGGAAAGCACGUCUUCUCAAAAUGGAGUGCUGCGUGCCGAUCUGAAGCUCAGGGUGAAGGAGAGGGCCUACGCGAAGCUGAGGGAAAGACAGCAAAAUUGCAGAGAGGCGCGUGAUCGCCGCGGAGGAGAAAGCAUCGACUACUAUGGGGACAUAACAUACAGAGUAGAUUAUAAAGUAUCAGGGGACCAUGAUGUUCUGGAGAGCACAGACACCACACUUCUCGCUCAGGAGCUUGAACCGUAUUUGAGGUCACUUCUUGUAAUAAGCGAUGAGCUACCUUUAAGCCCGAGGCACGAGCAAGCCAAGCGUCUGUUGGAGCGAGCCAGGCUCAAGGCUCGCUCCAACCUCCUCAAAGAUGACCGCCCCAGACGCUCUCAGUCUGAUCAAAGAUCCGCGGUGAAAAAUCAGCAAGUUGAACCUCCCAAUCACACAACAGCGCAGAAAACAGUUCAAACYAAAGAAGAUCCUCCAUCCCAAGCCUCAUCUGGUCCUCUUCUGGUUCCCACACAAAGGGACUCUUCUCCGGUGAAACAAGCAGAUCGACCGAGACGGUAUGGCUGUUCCCCCACACGUGUGCGCUUUGAAGAUGAAUCCGAGAAAGAAGCCGAGUCCCGCUAUCUGGACAGAGUGAGACAGCGUGGCAGACCUGGAAUGCCCAAGUCCAGGGCGAAGGAAAUUAACACAGACUCCAGCAGCAGCGGCUCAGAGAAGAGCAGAGGCCACAGGAGUAUCUCUUUGCCACCUUCACAGAAGCAAGAAGAUCUUGUGACAAAUGAUGAAACAACUGUUAUCAAAGAGAUCAUAGUGCUGGUGAAGAAAUGUGAAGCGUGUGGCUCCGUAGUCAGGGAACCUCAGCCGGUCUCCUCACCCUCUGAACUUCAGAACGGCGAGCCACACCAGACAGCUUCCUCAGAGGACCCGCGUGGAAAAUCGACUCYUGCGUUGGCGCCAUCAAACAAACCAGACGCGAGCACCCGCCCUAAGGCUCCUCUUACCGUCACGUUCGCCGGAGCUUAUGUGUUGGGAGAAAAUAAGGAAAGCAGCACUGGGUGGAAAUCUUCUGGCUUUGGGAAACUCCGAAGACGGAGCAGGAAGGGGGAAAAUCGUUUGGAGUCAGGUCACGGUCCAUACGGCCCAUCUUGGGCUCAGAGACGAAACUCCAAUCCACGGAACAGGGUCAAUUUGAGCAGAGCUGUUUCGUUUGCUCCCGGGAGCCCYGUUGCCUUAGAACCACAUUUACUGGAGGCAUCCGGUGGACUUAGAGAAGCAUCCGCGCCAUCGCUGCCCAUAAAGUCAGCCCUGAAGUCAAGCUCGAGAAAUCGCUCAUCCGCAGGUCAGUCCACGGUUCAGUUCCAGGUGUCCCCUAUUCAGGGAGGAGAAAGUGGUUCCCAAUGCCCGGAUUCCCCUGAAGCAAGAAGGGAAUCUCCCGUGUCUACAAACCAAGGGUCACCAGCAGCAAGUAGCCCAGUACCCUGCAUUAGGCCCUCCACUCUUAGAUACUCCCCAGCCAGAAUCCCCACGGAUCUGCCGUCGGCUGAAAUCUGGGAUGGCACGUCAGAUGGAGUAGCAGGCGUAAGYGGAGAGACAGGUCCUGGUUCGGACUUUCGAGCUCUGCGAGGCAUGGGUAUGUCUCGGGCUGAGGAYCUCAGAGCCGAGCUGCUGAGAGCUGAGCAUCUAAAAGCCGAGGCKUUGUGGGAAGAAGGCUCUGACGGCUCAAGAAAAUUUGAUGGGAGGCCAAAACUUUUCCUGCGUCGUUUCUUUUCCUCCAUUGGGCUGAAUAGUGUUGGCAGACUGGUGAAGGGGGGUCGCUCCAGCAGCAUGGAACAUCUCAGUCUCCCCACCGUCCAGCGGGCAAGCUCAGCCUCACCAAGUCCCACACGGAGACCGCAGCCGACCAUUCGAAUACAGAGGACCCCCUCACUGCAGACCCUGCACACAGUGCUCCCACUGGCUCAGCUACGUAAAGCCUCCUCUGUUCAGAGUUUAGAGAGAAGAACAGAACGCUCAACAAUACUGGGAGAAGUCCAAAUACCAUAUGGCUUGGCACCCAGCCCUGAAAGCCCCCAGAUUGAGAUUCACAGGGGCCUGAGUGAUGAAGAUGUAGUUGUCGCCAGAAUGGCUCACCCAAUGGGCCGGGUCACACAGGCUUUCCCUGAUGGGACUAUCUUGUUGGAGCUCAUCAAACCCCCAAGUGGCCCCUUUGGUUUUGUUAUUUCAAGAGGAAAAGGUCGACCAGAUACAGGUGUAUACGUCGAGAAGGUCGGCGAUGGCGUGGUGGAGGGCCUGCUGGGCGUUGGUGAUGAAAUCCUACAGGUUAACGGGGAGGCGGUGGCAGGACUCAGUUUGGACCAGGUGACACGCCUCAUGACUCGGGAAAGCACCGCCACCCUCCGGAUCUUGCCCGCUCGACGCAAUCAACGCUGAACGGCGCAGGAUAGACAUGGCACACAGCCCGUUCCCGCUGGACGCACAGCCAGCCCACUAACCGUGCACUGCGAACUGMCUGGAGCACAAUGUACACGCGACACAAUGCAUUUUGAUGUCAUUCUAGAUGAAUAGCACAACAUAGAGCUAAGUUCUUUCAGAGCAAACAAAUCCAGCUGCAUAGAGAACUUAAAAAUGUGGAUAUUACUGUGUAUUGUUAUAGGUAGGCUCUUACACCCAACACCUUUUGUUGACUGAAUCUAGAUAAAUAAAUUCAGUUCUAUUU